AUGAAUGCAAUUUUUAAGCCUGUCCUUAGGAAGUUUGUGUUGGUGUUUUUUGAUGACAUCCUAGUGUAUAGUCAGUCUAGGGAAGAGCAUCUUCAACAUCUGGCUUGGGUAUUUAUGGCUAUGAGAACCCACACACUCCUUGCCAAGAAAAGUGAAUGCUCAUGUGGAGCUGCUCAGGUGGAGUAUCUUGGCCAAGUAAUAUCAGCUCAUAGAGCGCACAAUGACUCAGCCAAGAUUUCAGCAGUUAAGGAUUGGCCAGAACCCCAAACAGUGAAGCAAUGUAGAAGUUUUUUGGGUCUCACAGGGUACUACAGACCUUUUGUAGCUGGAUAUGGAACCAUAGCUCGACCUCUUAGAGACCUGCUUAAGCUUGGCAACUUCCACUGGACAGCAAAAGCACAAACUGCUUUUCAUGCCUUGAAGCAGGCCAAGAUUCAGGCCCCCUAUUCUUGCCUUGCAAAACUUUUCCAAAACUUUUAUUGUACAAACAGAUGCCAGCAGUCAUGGAAUAGGUGCUGUCCUUAUGCAAGAUGGACAUCCUCUAGCCUAUAUCAGCAGGACACUUCUCCAAAGUUCUACUUAUGA